AUGGGUUUGAAAAUCGACCGAACCGCAAGUGUAAGUGAGGUCCCAGGCGACCACAUCCACAAGACAAGUCUUGCUCUGACGGGCAAGCUAUCUAUCCACUCCGAGAGACAGUUUGGAAUUUAGAUGGCUUCAUCAAUUGUUAGUUCCAUUAUUCCCAUUUCGUCUUUUCAACCCAAACAACAACGCUUUCCCCUUCGUGCUUCGGCAGCAUCUCCGGCAACUCAGAAAGCCCGGUUCGUUGCUCGCCGUAAAGAGUCUGUUUCUGUUCAACAACUCCAACGUCCCCUAAUUGAAUACAUGAGUUUACCGGCGAGUCAAUAUUCAGUGUUGGAUGCAGAGAGGAUUGAGCGUGUGAAUGAGGAUACAUUCAGAUGUUAUGUUUACACAAUUAAGUUUUUCACUUUUGAGGUUUGUCCUGUUUUGCUUGUCAAGGUUGAACAACAACCUAAUGGCUGUUGUAUUAAGCUUUUGUCUUGCAAGCUCGAGGGCUCGCCUAUCGUUGCCUCUCAGAAUGAUAAGUUUGAUGCUAUAAUGGUGAACCGGAUAUCUUGUGAGACUAACUCAAAUGACUCAUUGGUGCAACAACUCACGUCGGACACUAUAAUUGAGGUAAGCAUUGAAGUUCCUUUCGCUUUCAAAGCAAUACCAAAGCCAGCAAUUGAAUCAGCUGGGACUCAAGUCCUUGAACAAAUACUCAAGAUUAUGCUUCCCCGUUUUAUGUCACAGUUAUUUUUGUUGAACAGCUUGUUAAAGAUUAUCAAGCCUGGGCCUCUGGAAAUACCUCAAGGCAACCUCUUGGGACAGGUGAACUAUGAAAUAAUGGGUAAUAAGUAAUAACAGUUAUCACUGGUGCUGGUUUUAAUUUGUAGUGUUGAUAUGUUAUAGUCUAUAGAAGUGUUGUUUGUAGUAUGCACAUUGAUGAAUUAUUGGUUUGUUAUUUAAGUAUACAUAGGUUUUUCUGAUUCUUUUAGGACAAAUGUAGCGUAAGGGGGGGGGGGGGGGGGGGGGGGGGGGGGGGGUUAUAAAUCAUUGUUAGUUAUGAUUAUGAUAUUGCAGUUAUGGUUAUGUAAUUUUCUUAUGUCUA